ACAUAUGCACAUGUAACUGUCACAUUAGACAUCCGUAUUCGAGUUCUCUAACGAAUAUUGACCGAUUCCCGGAACCGAUUGAUCAACUGUGUGUGCUAUGGAGCUUCCCGUGAACCUCCUGCCUGACGAGGCGAGCCCCGAGUGGAUGAACAAGGCGGACAAUGCAUGGCAGCUGACUGCAGCGACCCUGGUCGGCCUCCAGAGCAUCCCAGGGCUGGUGAUCAUCUACGGGAGCAUGGUCAAGAAGAAGUGGGCGGUCAACUCCGCGUUCAUGGCCUUCUAUGCCUUUGCGGCUGUCCUAGUGUGUUGGGUCGGUUGGGGCUACCGCAUGUCGUUCGGGGACAGGCUGACGCCGUUCCUGGGCCGGCCCGCGACCACACUGGACGAGGGCUUCCUGCUCAGCCAAGCCUUCCUGGGCCUUUUCUCGAACGCGACAAUGGUGUUCUUCCAAGGGGUGUUUGCGGCCAUCACUGUCAUUCUGAUCGCUGGGGCACUGCUUGGGAGGAUGAACUUCCGGGCAUGGAUGGUCUUCGUGCCGCUUUGGCUUACUUGUUCAUAUACUAUAAUAGCAUACAGUAUAUGGUGCCCUGACGGUUGGCUAGGAAAGCUCGGCAUGAUUGAUUACUCCGGCGGCUACGUGAUUCAUCUAUCCUCUGGAGUGGCGGGGUUCACUGCAGCUUACUGGGUCGGUCCGAGAGCUGACAACGACAGGGAGAGGUUACCUCCGAACAACAUUAUACUAAUGCUUGCAGGGGCGGGCCUGCUUUGGAUGGGCUGGACCGGGUUCAAUGGCGGAGACCCGUACGUGGCCAGUACGGACGCAUCCCUGGCCGUCCUCAACACCCACGUCUGUGCUGCCACCAGCCUCCUCACAUGGCUGAUCCUCGACAUCUUCCUCUACGGGAAGCCAUCCGUGAUCGGUGCUGUUCAGGGCAUGAUCACUGGCUUGGUCUGCAUCACUCCUGCCGCAGGCGUAGUCCAAGGUUGGGCUGCAAUCAUAAUGGGAACAAUCUCAGGGAGCGUCCCAUGGUUCACGAUGAUGGUCCUCCACAACAAGGUCGGCCUCCUCCGGCGAGUCGACGACCCAAUGGCCGUGUUCCACACCCACGCGGUCGCCGGCACCUUGGGCGGGAUCCUAACCGGGUUCUUUGCGGUCCCCAAGCUGUGCCGCCUCUUCUACAUGGUCCCCGACUGGGAGAAGUACAUCGGCCUCGCCUACGGCCUGCAGAGCGGGAGGACCUCAGCGGGCUUCAGGCAGAUGGGGAUCCAACUCUGCGGUAUCCUGUUCGUCAUCUGCCUCAAUGUCGUGGUAACGAGCCUGAUAUGUUUGCUCAUUGGGCUAGUCAUCCCGCUGAGGCUUUCCGACGAUGGACUGAAGUUAGGGGACAGCGUCAUCCACGGCGAGGAAGCGUUCGCGUUUUGGGGAGAUGGAGAAAGAUUGGAUGAGGACUGCCCGAGGCACAAUAACUCCGUCUACGACAUGGAGUUGCCGUCGAUGGCUUGAGAUGGGUCCUUUGGUCAAUGUGUAGUUCUCUAAAUGGGAUUUCACUUAAUGAGAAA